CUCUGGCUUCCUGCCCACCAUGGGCUUCUCCCUCUUGCCUGUGCCCCUACCAUUGUGAUGCCAUCCACCAUGGGGCUCUUACCAGAGCUGAGCUGAUGGGCAUCACACCCUUGAGCCCCCAAAACGGUGAGCCAGAUGAAUCUCUUUUCUUUAUAAAAUACCCCACCUCAGGUAUUUUGUUAUAGUAACAGAAAAACAGGUUAAUACAACGGGUGAGUCAUAAAGGGAAAACUGAAGUUGGACAAUCCUGGACAGAGAUCUUAGGAAAGUUGAUUCACACCACCCACACUGGACAGGACGUUGGGCAGUGAGUAGCCCUGAGUCAUAGUUCAGAGUGUGGACUUGGAACUUGCCCUCCACCCUAGGUCUGUGACCUUGAGCAAGCCACGUGCUGCAAGGCUGUUCCCUCCUUUGUAAAGUGCUGAUCAUAAUGGUACUUACCUCAGUGGCCUGCUACAGGGCCCAGCCCUGCGCGCCAGCCGACAGGGAGCUCUUGGUUGUCACUGUGGGGAACCUGAGUGGGAAAACCAACGGUAGAAUGCUGCCUGAGCAGAGGUGGCCCCUCGCAUUUCGAUGCUCGCUUGGAUAGGUGGGGGAAAGGCCACGUGAAGGGUCAGGAGAGGGUGUGGACAGGAGCUGGAAAUGGAAAGUGUUCCCACCAGAGCCUCAGAAGAACCACAAAUGAGACUGGACAACCCAGAGGAAGCCACUGAAGAUGCCGCCACAGAAAGACCCUUACAGGUUUUGACCAACAAGGUGACUCUUCUGGUCCCAGAGUUCUUGAACACAGUCCAGGCCAAAGAGAAGACCUUUGUCCCUGUGGUCAGCAACACACUCCACCUGCCCUCAGAGAGGUCUCAGGUCCUGCAGCAGGGCAGUGACCUCCCCAAGUUCUCAGCAAACCCCCCCGAGUCUGUUCAGGGCACUGUCUCCAAGACCACAGCAAAAACUGUGCCCCCCAAACAGGGGAACGUUCCCAAGUCCCCGGCAGACCCGGUCCAGCCCAAGCAGGGCAGCGCCCCCAAGCUCUUGGCAAAAGCUAUGCAGCUCAAACACAGGAACACCCCCAAGAGUUCAGCCAUCAGCCCAGAGUCCCAGCAGGGCAGCAGUGUGAAGACCUUGGAGAAGAGCACACAGUCCAAGAAGGGAGACUCCCCCAAGUCCCUAGACGAAGCCAUCCAGGCCAGGGUGGGCACUGUCCCCAAGUCCUUAAAUGUAGCCAUCCAGGCCAGGGUGGGAAAGGCCCCCAAGACCUUAAAUGAAGUCAUGCAGCCCAGGGUGGACAGUGUCCCCAAGUCUGCAGAGGAGACCAUGCAGCCCAGGGCGGGCAGUGUCCCCAAGUCUUCAGAGGAGACCAUGCAGCCCAGGGCGGGCAGUGUCCCCAAGUCUGCAGAGGAGACCAUGCAGCCCAGGGCGGGCAGUGUCCCCAAGUCUGCAGAGGAGACCAUGCAGCCCAGGGCGGGCAGUGUCCCCAAGUCUGCAGAGGAGACCAUGCAGCCCAGGGCGGGCAGUGUCCCCAAGUCUGCAGAGGAGACCAUGCAGCCCAGGGUGGGCAGUGUCCCCAAGUCUUCAGAGGAGACCAUGCAGCCCAAAGAGGGUGACGUCCCCGUGUCCCCAGAGGAGCAGCCCAUCCUGCUCGUGGAAGGCGAAACCCUGGAGCUAGAGGAGCAGGCACAGGAGCUCCUGCACGUGGACUUGGUCAAAGAGAUCUUGAGCCCGGAGGACUUCCGGGAGGCGCUCACGACGGCCGGGGAGCAGCUGGUGGUGGUGGAGUUCUCGGCCAUGUGGUGUGGGCCUUGCAGGGGCAUCCGGCCGCUCUUCCAUGCCCUGUCGCUGAAGCACAAGGACGUGUUGUUCCUGGAGGUGGACAUAGACAUCUGCGAGGAACUGGUGAAAGAGUGCGAGGUCUUCUCUCUCCCGACCUUCCAGUUUUAUAAGAAAGCAGAGAAGGUGGGCGAGUUCAGUGGUGCUCUUAUAGAAAGACUGGAGGCAACCAUCGCAGAAUUAAAGUGA